CUAGCGCGAGUCUGGCUCACACAUAACCAACCUCUAAACAACAAAAGAAAAAUAAUAUCAGAUUAGAUUCUCCUUGCAAGAAGCGGGAAAUCGUUUCUGCCAUAGAUUUGUCACAAUGACAAUAAAAUAAUGUUCAAAGAGUAUAAUAAGUAUAGGGGUUAUAAUGUUAUUUGUUAAAUGUUUAUUGAAUGUUUUACGAAUACAAUAAUUAAAACGUUUAAUAAACUUAUUGAGUAUUUUAGCUAUUGAGCAUUACCACUUUUAGGGGACACGGUUCGUAAAAUUGUUUUCACAAUGGAAAACCGAGGUCAUAAAAAGAGACAAAGAAGUGAAAAUUGGUUCAAGCAAGACAAGCUACUAUUGACGGAACUGGUCAAAGUAAGAGUUUCGGAUAUAGAAAAUAAAAACACUGAUACGAAUACUAAUACGAAAAAGCAUGCAGCCUGGGUAGACUUGCAAAACAGUUUCAACAACAUGUGCGCAGGCGGUAAACGCACCAUAUCACAAUUAAAAUCGCAAUGGGGCAUUAUAAAAAUGAACACGAAGAGAAUGAAAAUUGAGGAGAGGAAGCACGCUACUGCAAAUUGUGGCGAUCCAGUGCCACACGAGAGCCCUGACAAAGUAGAUGAUGUUAACACCUUGGUACCGUUCGAAUUUAUGCUAGAAACCAAUAAAUCUAACCACGAUGUCAAUCAUCAGGUGAAACCUAAAGAACUAGAGAGAUCGUCAUCUACAGAUUCAAUUAAAUUAGUAAUAAACGAGGAUGAAAUUAUAAUAGAGGACAUUCUACCUUCUAGACAAAGAGAAGAUACAACAGAAGAAGUUUUAAAUAAGAACAAUCAAAAAGACAAUGAGUAUAUGUCUCCAAGUGAUAAGAAAAAACAGAAAGCGUCUGGAAACAAGACACCUACUAUGUGCGUCGCAAGUAUAUCAACGCUCGAAACGAAAUGCAGAAAGGAGCUGCAUGACAUACAGAUGGAAAAUGAAAAACGAAAAUCCAGAAACUUAGACCUAGAAGAAGAGUUAUUGAGAAGAAAAAUAGAGUACUAUGAGAAAAAAAGUAGAUCACUUGUGGAAUAAACUGUUUAUUUAUUAUUAUUGCUAUGUUAAUGAUCUUAAUUAAAGUUUCUAUGAAUUAAUAAAGGGGCAUUGUUUGUUAAUUUUCUUCAACACUUUGAUUUCCAAAUCGUUCACAUGCACAAUAUCGCACAACUUUAUCAAGCUGGUGCGCAACACGACGCGCAACGUGUUGUUUUGUAGGGAACAGAGAGUAAAGUUCCCUAAGAUCGGAAAAGGAGGAUCCUCCGACCAGGCGAGGUGAUCGUGCCUGGCGGGCUUUC